AUGACAGAGCGAAUUCGAUUUCCUUAUGCUUCAAGUGUAAUCGCACCGAAUAGAUUUAUGAAAAGUGCUAUGAGCGAACAAGUAAAUAAUUAUUGCCAAUUUUCUUUUUUUAUAUUUGAAAUAUUGUUGAAAAAUGGUUUCCUCUUUCGGCGUUUUUACUAA